GUGUAUUUGCUUCGUGUUCCCAUCAUCGUGAUAAUAUUGAAGCACUAAGCAUCCUGUUUCACAUUGUAGUUGUGUUAGAUGUCAAGAUAAAAGAGUCGUAUUUUGUUCGCACAACAAAUGUGCGAAUCGAAAUGUAAUUAGUGUAUAUAAUUUAUUAUAAUAAGUUGUUAAUUAAAAUGGCAUGGAAACAAGUUAAAGAACAUUUAGGAGUAGCUAUUCAUAAUUUUGUACAUGGAACUCCUUAUACAAUGCGAUUAACUGUUGGAGAAAUUGUACAAAUAUUAGAAGAAUGUGGAGAUUGGUAUUAUGGACAUAGUAAAUUUAAAGGGACAUUUGGAAUUUUUCCAAAAUCUUAUAUAUAUAUAUUACAACAAUCAAAAAAUAUGGAUUGUUUAAUACAUGAAAUUACUAAUGUUUUAAGAGAAUGGGGACAUCAUUGGAAGCAUCUAUAUGUGAUUCAUUCUGUGCACUUUAGGACAAUGCAACAACAAAUUUUAGAGUUAAUAGGAUAUAGAAGCAAAAUUUUAAGUGGCACAUUAACAGUGGAUGAAUUAAAGGAUAUGAAAAGAUUAGCAACAGCUAAAAUUGAUACUGGUAAUCAGUUGUUAGGUAUGGAUAUGGUUGUCCGUGAUGAUCAAGGAAUGUUCUUAAUCCUGAAGAAACAAGUACAAUUCAAUUAUAUUAUCAUCAUGAAACAGCUGCAGAAAGAAUAAAAAAAGCAACUAAUGAUACUAAACAAAAACCUUUAAAACUACAAACAUCAGUAUACUCA